UGUAACAGCUCGUUUACCGUGUUGAGAGAUUGCCUGUUACAGAUUUUAUUCUUGUUAUGCUGAGAGCCGGGGAGACAAUAAAGGAGAGUCGACGCAGAGAGUCCGAUAUUCCUAUAUAUAUAUAUAAAUAUAAACGGGUGGCUCCAUUAGUGACGAACUUGGACGCGGAACGGAUGGAGCCGGAAGCCGGCGGACGGAACAGUGAUGGGGAUGGAACGGCGGUGGUGCCGGAGAUGAGUGACGCGGAGUUGUUGGCUGCGGAGCUCGCGUUCAGCAGUGAGCCCGGUACAUCGCACUUUACCCGGUGAUGCUCUCUCCGCCAGGCCGCCUGCGGCCUUCCUUUCAAAAUAUGGGAUGUCUCUGAGGAAUGAUAGCUAUAACAUGUUAAGGCAAGUGCUUUCUUGCUGGAAGUGUACAACUGGUUGAAUAGGGUCUGUGGAGAAGAAGGAAAUGGCGUUAAUGUAACAAGAUGGUUAGGAGAAAAAGUCCAGAAGGCACUCAGCAAAGUGAAGGAGACAAUUACACCUCAAGCAAGUCUAGUGAGUCUAACCAGACUGGCCGUGGAACGGACAAAGCUUCCUGCAGUGGACAUGAGCAAUCUUCCAUUCAGCUGCCUGUGUCAGGGAUUGGAAGUGAUUCUCAGUGUGAAGGCAGCAGCUUCAAAAGGAGAAGGCAGGACAGUAGGAUCCCACUGGAGUGGUUUGAUCGAAGGUACCUGAGUGUCACAGACCUGAGUCAACAGGCUUGGUGUGAACAGCAGGUGGUCUAUGGGAUGGAAAUACCGCACAUUCAACGACUACGUGAUGAGCAUCCAGUUGUGAAAACCGGUAGCAGCAUUCAUCUGGCAAGAGAGUUGGAGAUCCAGGACAUUGUCCCAAUCAAUAUACAGUGCCAGGAAGAUAGUUGGGGUGUUAAGCUUCUUAAUUUUCUCUCAAUGAUCCAGUUCUUGCAGGCAGGAGAGCGUGUCCGAGAGUUGCCUGUGUUUGGAGAAGUGGAGGGGAUUUUCCUGGUUGGUGUGAUUGAUGAGCUGUGCUACAAUUCCAGUGGUGAACUGGAACUCCAUGAACUGAAAACUCGUGGUCAACCAACAUUACCCCAUGCAGCCCAAAGGAAGAGCCAUCACUUACAAGUCAGUGUAUACAAACUUCUCUUUGAGGCUCUGAUCAAAGGCCAGCUGAACAAAGACACAAUCAUUCACCAUCUUCACUUACAAACAGAGCGGAGCUUCAGUUCAGAGGUCAUGGCAUAUACUCAAAUGAUAGGAUUGUCUGUAAACACAUUUGGUGACCUCUUGGAUUUAAUUUUUUUGAACCUGAUGCACGCCGAGAUCCCCACCAUUGACAUCCUAAAGAUAGAAUACUGUUACCAAGCUGAUGCAUCUGUAAUUGGGACAGAAGUGGUGUGCUUUGAAGAGGAGUGGGUUAAAAAGGAGCUGAAAUAUUAUUGCUCCUUCUGGAAGGGCCAGAGGGAGGCCAAGGGGGUGGACAUCGAGGAGGCCUGGAAAUGUCGGACAUGUGAUUUUGCCGAUAUUUGUCAGUGGAGAAAGAAGAAAGCUGAAGAAGCAGCAGAAAAGAAUCAAGCAAAUCGUAGAAAAUGAAGAUCAAGUUUUAGUUUAAAGGGGCCAUCAAAUUUCUCCUCUAUUGUUAGCAUGCCAGGUAGUGAACUUGCUAACAAUGCCUCUUGAUAAAUGAAGCACAUCAUUGCCAGUAUAUCAUUCGGCUGGCCAGGAUACACACUCAACCAAGGAGCCAUGCUCACAGAAGAUUAAGUUAUCAUUAUUGGUUUUGUAAUGCCUCAGUCCAGUACCCUGUGAUAUACAAUUGAAAGCACCUUUACAUGUGAAAUGCAUUGUGAUAGUGACAACUACUUAGCUGUUUGCAGAUCUACAGCAAUUUGGACAAAUAGGACUACUAGUGGACCGGGUAUGCCAAGAGGCAACAUUACUUGCAGCAUUUCUUGAAAUGUAACCAAGUACCAUUUGUCAAUAUUAUAAAGGAAAUGCAGUCCUGCUUGUAUUUGUGGGUUUUCUGACCACAUAUAGUUGAUGUGGCGGAGGGGGUGAUGGGGAGUUUCGUUUCACAUUUCAUAACCACACACUGUUCCAAGGAACUACUAACUGCUAAAGUUGUUAAUUGUUAUUAUUAUUGUGUUGUGGCUUGACAGUUGAACUUAACUGAUUGUAAACAGUAGUCCAACCAGUAUAUUUAGACAAAGUCAACAACUUUCUUCCAUUUCAAAGGUUUUGGGGACCACAGCUUAAUGCUUUGCUGUCAGAGCAUUCUGACUUAAAGUUUUUAGAAUCAUCCUCAAUGGUGAUGAAUUUACGCUUGUAAACUACAGGAAGGAAAUCUGAGGGCAAAAUAAUAAUUCUGGAACUUUAUAUCCAAGUUUAUUAUCAUUCAACCAUACUUGAACAAAACAACGUUCCUCUGGGAGGAACCUAGGUGCAAAACACAGUACGUAUGUAAUAUCAAAUAAUAUUAACAUUAUUAUCAGAAAAUAAAAAAAAUUCUGUAGAUGUGCAAGCUGACAUAGUGCAUAUGAGGCAUAUGGUUAAAUGUUACUGCUGCUGUCAUAAAUAAUGUGGUAGCAGGGUGUCUACUUUUCAUUCCUUAGUUAUUUUUCCCUUUGACCAUCUGGUUCUUGAAGCAACUGGUGUAAUCAUAAUCACCACAGUUUAGCAACACUAUGACCACAUUGAUCAUUUUGCAUUAAAAAUUAACUUCUAAUUGUGUUAUUUCUUGUAAAAAUUGUGCACUUUAUGUUGAGUCAUUAAGUCAUACAGCACUUAACAUGCCAUUCAGCCCAACUCUAUACCAACCAAGAUGCCUCUUCCAUGCUAGCCCAUUUACCAGUCUUUGGUCCAUAACCUUCUGAAUAUUUCCAAUCAUGUACUUAUCAAAUGCCCUUAUUUCCAAGUGUCCAUAUAUAACCAUCUGGGGUUGGUAGAUAGCACAUUCACCUUGCUGCAGGCAGUUGAAUGAAUCCAUCAAGUUAAUAAGCAUUCUGGCACAAAAUGCUUUUAUUAAAAAAUGCUUUCCAUUCUCCUCAUUCAACCUCGUUGACUUCGGGCAUUUUAUUCAGAGCUUAGUGUUCAACAAAAAAGCCUUCAAAUUUCCACAGUAUUGGUAAGCUUCUAGUACCAGUAGCAAGAUGAUUGAGAAAGAUUGAUCCACGGAUUGUUGUACAAUUUCUAGAAGAUGGUUGACGCUCAGCAAAAAACAUCUUUCCAAGUAGGUAGUAACCAGGUUGGUUACAGUAGAAAUAGUCUGUGGACGUGUGAAUAGGAAUAAAGUAGGACGGGACAUUUGUAAUGAUGAAAGAGGCAAUGAUGCAAAGACUGAGUAUUGCAGCUCUACCAGAAGAUAAAACACUUCAGAAGGUCAUAUAGUGGCAGAAACAGCCCCAUCAGCCCACUGUGUCCAUGCCUGUCGUCAUAUACCAAUGUGUAUUAAUCCCUUUUUGCAUCCUUCUCCCUUUAGCCUUUAUGCCAUGGUAUUUGAAGGGGUAAUCCACAUUCUUUAUAAAUCUUGGAGAGUACUUGUUUACCACUGUCCCCUCAGGCAGUGCGUUCCAGAUUUCAACCACCCUCUAGUCUAGAUAAAAAGAAAAUCAAGUCUCCUCUGAAUCUUCUUCCCCUUACCUUAAACUUGUAUCUCUGCUGGAUGUAGGUAUCUCUGCUUAAGGGAAAAAGUUUCUAAUUACCCUCACACAGCUGGAUGCAUCUAUGUAAAAGCUACAGGUGCAUAGCAGACUGAAGGAGAAAAAGGCUUUUACAGUAUCUUAAACAGGAAAAGGUAUUAAAUAUGAAACAUAAGAAUCUGCAUGCUGAUUACAACGAAUAAUUACAGAGCCUUUGACCUGCUGAAAGGUAAGCUGCAGUUGAUGUUGAGCAUUAUAAUUAUGUUUAUAAGCUUGAAGUUUGUGUGUUGCCCAGAGUUGUCUUUUGACAAAGUAGCAUUUAUUGUGCCCCAUGUACUUAGUGCACUGAAAAUGCUUAGUACAGUUUUAAACCUUAAGCAACAGUUGCUGACAUUGUAAUAUUUUGUAUUAAUUUCUCUAAUCAUGAUUCAUGAUCAUAAAUAAUAAAAACUUGAGUUCUGUAUAAAAUGGUAUUUUAUUUUCUCUUUCUAAAGUGCUGAUAAAUCUUUGUGUAAAGUUUCUAUUGAUGGCCAAGAUGUGUUUUUUUCCCCCUUUUGUAAUUUGUAAUAAUUUCUCUGAGCCAGCUGCAAAGUUCAGCAGUUUUACCAGUGUUAGCAUGGAAGAUGUAUUUGUUCGCUGGAUGCAGGAUUUCCUCAAGAUAUCAAGUUACAUUAAUGGCAGGCAAAAAUGUGUUCACAAUUUUUCAUUACACAUGGGAGGCAUCUUAGAUCCACACUUACUGCAAAUAUGCAUGCUGGCAGACAGAAGAACUUCGUAAUUGUAG